GAAAGGCAAUCCAAAGAUUCCAUUCCUGAAGUUUGAAGGUGCAAAGUGGUGGCAUCUCUUUAGGGCGCUCUAAUCCAAACAAAGUUACUUUUUGACAUCAUUAUCAUUUUAUAAAUAAAUGAUUAAUUAGUUUUUAUUUUUAUAAACUUAAACCAUUCAGGUUUAGGCUCUCUAUCUUCUCUUCCAUUAACUGAAGAGUUCUUCCUAAGUAUUUCCAAUCUUUCAUCUUUCUUUGCGAUACUCUCCGAGUUUCGAUCCUCUGCUUCCACUUCUACAGCUCUUGGAUUCGAUCGGAUCACUUUGUUUGCUUUGAAACAGUGCUUCUCUCUGUUUCCGCUUUUGUUCUUUUUAAAAGCUGCAAAUUUGUUUUUGGAGGUUGACACAUUCUGAAGAGAAGAGGAGAAACUGAAACCAUAUCUCAGUUCCUGAUUUCCUGGAAUCAACAUGGGGAACAGAUUAUCUUGACGUUGUACGGCUAAGAAGUUGAAAAUCGGUCGAGAAGAUGGUAAAACAUCGCUUCAGAGAGUCUAUAAAAUCUUUGUUGGGAAGUCACAUUGACCCUGAUAAAGAAGAGCAGCUUCGUGGAACUAAAGCAGAAGUUGAAGACAAAGUGAAAAGCCUGUUGAAACUUAUUAAAGAUGACAACCUUGAGGAGGGUGGAACCCCAUUAGAACUUUCUAAGAAGGAAUCACUUGUUGAACUGAUUGAGGAUUUCCACAAUCAAUACCAAUCACUGCAUGCACAAUAUGAUCAUCUAACUGGCGAGUUAAGGAAAAGGAUUAAGGGCAAGCUAGAAAAGGGGAGUUCUUCAUCUAGCUCAGACUCAGAUUCGGAUCAUUCUUCAAAGGAAAAAGACAACAAAAAUGGACAACUGGAAAAUGAAUUUCAAAAGACAACUGAUAAGCAGCAAGAACUUGAAGUGGCUGACUUAAAUCGGAAGUUGACUAUCACACAGGAAGAGAAGGAGGAUCUUAAUUCGAAAUAUCUCGCAGCAUUGAGCAAGAUACAAGAAGCAGAAAAAAAUAACAUGGAUUUGAAAACUGAUGCUGAAGCAUUACGCACUCAAGGAUCAAAACUUUUGGUUGAGAAUGCUGAACUAAAUAAACAACUGGGCGUUGCAGGUAAAAUAGAAGCUGAACUGAGUCAACGAUUGGAAGACUUAAAGACAGAAAAAGAUAGUUUGACCACGGAGAAAGAGACAGCUCUCCAACAGAUUGACGAGGAAAAGAAGGCUACUGAAGGCCUGAGAAUCACUGUUGAUCAACUGAAAGAUGAUAAAUUAGCCCUUGAGAAAGAGCUACAGUCGGUUACUGGUCAACUUCCUAUUCUGAAACAGCAGUUGGAACAUUCAGGACAGGAAAUGACAAAUAUAAUCCACAAACUGAAAGUCAGCGAGGAAGAAAUGAAAAACGAGAUUCAGCUGGCUCACAACAAAAUACAAGAAUUGGAAGCUGAAUCAAGUCAAUUAAAGGAGAAACUUAAUGAUAGAGAAAGGGCAAUUUCGGCCCUCACUCAGAUGCAUGAAGGGCAUCGGAAAGAAACCUCAAAUCAACUCAGGGACCUAGAGGCAAAAAACACAGACCUUGAGCGGGAAGUAGAAUCACUACAAAAACAGAGAAAAUAUAUGGAACAGCUAAUUAGGCACACUGCCGAACUAAAAAACCAACUUUCAGAAAUUCAAACGAAUUCCAAUGAGCGAGAAGAGUUGCUAGUUUCUCUCUCGAAGGAAUAUAAAGAUCUUGCCAAUGAGUCUGAGUCUAAAAUAUCUGAUUUGAAAUCUCAGAUAAACAAUCUGCUGACUGAUAUAGACACGUUGAAUGCCCAGAAAAGUGAACUGGAGGAGCAGAUAAUUUGUAAAAGUGACGAAGCUUCAACUCAAGUCAAAAACAUUAGAAAUGAACUGAAUGUGUUGCAGCAGGAAGUGGAGUCCCUACAACAACAGAAAUCUGACAUGGAAGUUCAGUUGGGGGAAAAAGUCCGAGAAAACUCUGAGAAUGUGAUUCAAAUACAAACACUCAAAGAGGAGAUUGACAGAAAAACCCUGGAACAAGAGAGACUUCUUGAAGAUAGAGAAAAUUUAGCCAUGCAGAUAAGGGCUUUGGAAUCAGAGGUGAGCACUAUAAAGAACCUAAAGAGUGAAGAUGAAGAGAAAAUAAGUGCUAACAGCCAUGAGAUCAGUUGUCUAAGACAGGAGAAGUUGGAGCUAUGUGACAAAGUAGCUCAAUUAGAGAAAAUAUCAGCAGAGAAAGAAUCGGAGUUCUUUGCUCUCCAGGAUAGACUUAACAAGGCAGAGGAAGAGGGUUCAGCUCAAAUAAUGGCCUUCACUGAACAAAUUAAGAAUCUUAACCAUGAUUUGGCGUCCCUGCAGAAUGAGAAAGAGGAAUUAGAACAGCAGUGUGAAAAGCUGAAGUUGGAGGUGGAUUCCAUUCACAACAAGAAGAGUGAAGUUGAUGAGCAAAUGAGAGCUAAAGACCAUGAGAACACUGAGCUGAGAGAGAAAAUUUUGGGAUUGCAGGGCACAAUUACUGAGUUGGAGAAAACAUUGGCUGAGAGAAAGGUAGAAUUAUCUACUUUACAGGAAAAGCUUCACGAAAAAGAGAGUGAGGCUUCAGGUCAUGUAAUUGCCUUCACAGCCCAAAUUGAUAAUCUGCAGAAAGACUUGGUUUCCUUACAGGAAAAGAAAGAAGAAUUGGAGCUCCACUGUGAAAAAGUUAGAGAAGAACAUGCAGAAAGACUUAUAAUGUUGGAGAACGAAAAGAAUGACAUAGCAAGCAAAAAUGUGGAUCUUAAGAGAACGUUGGAAGAACGAGAAGAUGCAUAUCGGAAGUUGAAUGAAGAAUAUAAACAAAUUGAUAGUUUGUUUGAGGAAUGCAAGGUCAAACUUGGGGUUGCAGAGAAGAAGAUUGAAGAAAUGGCUGGAGAGUUUCAUGAAGGCAUUGAGUCGAAAAAUCAGAUGGUAGCUGAUUUGGAACAUACAGUAGAACACCUGAAAAGAGACGUAGAAGAGAAGGGAGAUGAAAUCAGUACUUUGCUUGAGAAUGUCCGGAUGCUUGAGGUUAAGCUUCGUUUGUCAAACCAGAAGCUCAGGGUCACGGAACAAUUGCUAAGUGAGAAAGAAGACAGCUUUCGAAAGACAGAAGAAAAGUUUCAGCAAGAUCAGAGAGCACUUGAGGACAGGAAUGCUGGUUUGUCAGCAAUAAUAACUUCCAACAAUGAAGCUUUUGCUGAAAUUGUCUCUAACAUUAAAGACUCCGUGAACAGUGUCAUGACUGGCAUAGAAGCCGUAAGCUUGAAAAUUUCUGAUGACUGUAGAAAUUACGAUGACUGUAUCUCAAACAUCUCACAUGAGCUUGAGGUUGCAAAAGACACUAUCAGGGAGAUGAAUAAGGAAAAACAGCAGUUAAAGAAACAGAAAAGCAACUUGUUGGAGCAGCUGCAGGGUAAAAGUGCACAGGAAUUGGCUUUGAGGAAGAGUGUUGAGAAGCUAGAGGCAAAGGCAAGCAAGGAGGAGUCGGAGAAGGUGAAUCUGACAACAACUGUUGUUCAACUUAAGAAGACAGUUGGAGAACUAGAGAAAAUGAUGAAAGAGAAAGAAGAGGGUAUGUUGGACUUGGGGGAGGAGAAGAGGGAGGUCAUUAGGCAACUGUGUUUGUGGAUUGAUUAUCACCGCAGUCGUUAUGAUUAUCUAAAGGACAUUCUAUCCAAGACUCGCAGAGGGCAGAGAGCAGCAUAAAUCCUGCUUGUCCAAUUAGGUUUGUUAUGGUGAUGAUUAGCUCAUUUUUUUUCAUGUGAAUUAAUUCUUUUGUCAUCCUUUUUUCAAACAUUUGCGUGUUUAGAAUUCAAUUUGUCCGGUGUAGCAGGAGCAUCGUAUAGGUUUUGUUCUUCUCUUGAUUUUGAAUUGAAUAAUGUUACAAUAGUUUUUUUUCCUGAUUGUUCGACAUAUAAUAGCAGUUUACCAUGGUUGGUUUGUCU